AUGUCGCGUUUCGACCUCUUCUUCGUGCUGCAGGACAUCCGUGAUGAAACCCAAGACAGCAACGUGGCAAAGCACAUCCUGGCGCAGCACUUUGCCAAGGAGCCUGAUACAGUGUUUCGGGUUGUGGCCCAGUUCGUCGGAAUUGGUAGUUAG